UACUCAGUGACCGCUACAGUCGCUCGCCGCCAGUCAAAGUGGUACCUUUUGCUUUCUUGGUUCCGAUUGACGUCACAUGCUCUCUUUUACGUACCACCCCGGAGUGACUUUUUGUGACUUACUCGACUGUGCCCGAGGUACGUGCGAGAAAAUAUGAAUUUUUAUUUUAUUUUUUUUUGGUGAGUGUUGAGUGGUAAAAACAGGCCGCGUUUUUUACUGGAUUAAUACUGUGAGGUGGAAAAGUUUGGACAGUUUUUUUUCGUUGUUCCCGGGGUUUCUUUAAAGUAUAAUCAUAGAUAGUAGCAUGAUUACGAUGGAGUGCCAGCCAGGGGGUCAUGGGGGACACCUGGGGCACUCCAUGCUCAUGGACCCCACAACAAACAUGCACCAGCAGGAGCAGGAUCACAAGAAAAAACGUGAUGGAGGUUCACACGUUGGAUCAUCAACUGAUGGUAAGUCAGUCGAAAAUGGUUCCUCAACUUACCACUUCUACGCAGAACAAGACGACUCAAGUCACGGGGGUGUAAAUCAGCUGGGUGGGGUGUUCGUGAACGGUCGCCCCUUGCCGGACGUCGUUCGGCAACGAAUCGUCGAGCUCGCCCACAACGGAGUACGGCCCUGUGAUAUUUCGAGGCAACUGCGCGUGUCCCACGGCUGCGUCUCCAAGAUUUUGUCCAGGUACUACGAGACGGGAAGCUUCAAGGCGGGAGUAAUAGGAGGUUCGAAACCGAAAGUGGCGACUCCACCGGUGGUGGACGCCAUCGCCAACUACAAACGGGAGAACCCGACCAUGUUCGCUUGGGAAAUCAGGGAUCGGUUGCUCGCCGAAGGAAUCUGCUCCCAAGACAACGUACCGAGCGUAUCCUCGAUAAAUAGGAUUGUAAGGAACAAGGCGGCAGAAAAAGCGAAACAUGCGCACCAAGUAGCCACCAGUGUCGGCUCGUCGAAUUCCCCCGGAGGGGUGUCGGUGAUCGCGCACGCGCCCUCUACCCAAUUAAGUGAACCCCGAUCAGGGGCGUACAGCAUCAACGGGAUUUUGGGGCUGCAACACGACCCCAACGGAAAUAGUAUUAAGAGGAAACGAAUAGAUGACCACGAUGAAAACAGAGAUCUCAACGGGCACCACGACGACGAUAUCAAAAGACAACGGUCGCAGUACAACGGGGACCCCUUAUAUUCGAACCUUUGGUCAAGCAAAUGGUCAAUAAAAGACGAGCACAAACUGCUUUCCGAGCUGGGGGGUGCGGGUACCACCACGGGUCAAUCGGGAGGCUACUACGACCCCCACGGGGGUUUUUCGGGGGUGACGGGGGUCACCUCGGCGGCGGACAUCUACGACACCAUUAACACCAUGAGCCAGAGCGGUCAGAAUAUUUAUACGCCCCCCUUGGCGGGGUCGUUAGGUUCCAGUUCUUUAACACCCCUGGCGCCCAUAACCAUGCAUGAAAUGAAAAUAGAGACAACGAGACUUAUAGAUCCCACCAAAUACGAUCCGUCAAUGUCACCGUAUCAUUCAGCGAACGAAAACAACUCGCCCUACAUGAACCAUCAGGUGGAAAACGGCUCGCCCUCGUUACCGCUCGCAUUACCGGCCGAGCCGGCUACGAGUCAGGCGGCGGGUUCGCCCGAUCCCGCCGCCUUGACCGUCCUACAGCCCACCGGUACCGGCCAGGUUGCCGCGCAGCAUUACAGCACCAUGUUGCCGAGUUUCGCCGGAUAUUCUGCGGGCACGACGGUGGUCCCAGGUACAGAUUACGCGUACAGUACAGCCUAUAGCCAGUACGGAGCCGCCUACGGUACCUACGGUUACGGAUCAGCCUCCAGCGGGUUACUCAAUACAGCUUACUACUACAGCAACGGCAACGACUUGGUGACGAGCACGGAACCGAACGCGGCCGAGCAGAGCAGCCGAAGUCCGCUCGCGGCCACUCGUGCGAACUCGUUGGCCUCCGCCAACUCGCCAACCGAGAGCGGCGGCGCCUGUUUGAAAACCGAAACGAUUUUCCCGCCAGAUUUGAAUCUGGGCUGAGCGAGGACGAGCGCGCGCGCGGUGAAUUUUUAGGGGCCAAAACGUAUUUUACGAUCGAUUAUUUUUCUCUUUAGAAGUGAACAAAAUUACGGAGAUUUUAUUUAUAUUUUAAGAUUUACCGGAAAUGUGUAGUGAGUCAACCUGUGGCGAGUUUUCAGUAGAAAAAAACAACUUUUUGAGGGAGUUUUUAUGGCGCAGGCGCCCUAUUCGAUCUCAAUUCGGGGCUCUAAAUUCUCCCUAUACAUUUCUAGUAAGAUAAGUUAAUUGUACAGUAACCAAAAAAUGAAUCAACUUAACGAAACCUGUAAAAAAUCGACCGAAAUGUUGAAAUUCGAUCGAUUUUAUUGUAUAUUUAUUUAAUUGUUGUUAUUUUUUUUGUAUAAAAGUUUUUAAUUCAGCCGCUAGUGUUUUUAAUUUUACACCAAAGAGUUUUUUUCUGUUAGAUAUGAACUAUUGUAUAAACGUAUAUAUAGCACGUCGUAUAUCAUAUCAAAACUUUAAAAAUGGUUUUUUAAAUUAGGAAAAAAUAUUGAAGGGAGAGCGACAAUAUGGAGGUAAAGAGGGCUAGGUAGAGAGAAAAUAAAAGACGUUUCUGCUUGAUGAAGCUAACGCCCUCAAUACUCCCUUUAUAUUUUUUAUUUAAAAAUUGUUUUUAAGUCUGUAGUUAGUAGGUGUUUUUUUUAAUUAUUUAUGUCUUGCACUCAUGUUGGUCAAAUUUCAAAAAAUCACCCUGUAUUCACAAGCUAGUCAACCAUAUUAACAGAACCGUACUUAAUUUUUUCUCUAAUUGUGUGUUACCGCUUCGCUGUACAGAUUUAUUUUUGUAAAUACACCUAUUUUCUACCUAAUUUUUUAAGUCCCCAUAAAGUGUAAUUUAUUUCAUAUUAUUUUCACCUGUUUUUUUGUUUGUUUGUUUGUGUAAUAAUGUACCAAAGAGCCAGAGAAAGAGAGACCGUUUCUGUGCAGGUCCGGCUGUUAAAAUACUCGGAAAAAAUUCCCAGUGCAAUAAACACGCCCUCUAAACGUCCCUUUUAGUUAUAACCUAAAAUAAAAUUUAAAAGAUCUCUACAAGAAUAUGACUAUAGCAUGUUUAAAGGGCGCAAGUUUAUAUCAAAUAUAACACAUUUUUUCCCAGUAUUCUAAAGGUCCUAUAAUUGUAACUAUAUUGUAUUUAAAAAUGUGAUAGGCCGAAAACCGAUUUUUUAGGCCCUGUAAAAUGUAUGUAUGUACUUGCCCCCUCCGUAAAAGAAAAUAACCAGAAAAAAAAGUAAUUUAAUUAAGUAAUUUAAAACAGAUGAACCUGUCACAUUCACUCAUUUAGCUGUAGGCAGUUUAUAUUUAGAGAAAUAAAGAAAAUAUUGAGGAAA